AUGUCAGGAGAAUUUGUAAAUGAAGAAUAUAUGGGAACAGAAGCACCAAAGGGUGUAGAGUUUUCAGCGUUGAACGAAGCCGAAGGAAACUACGCUUUCAUUCAGAAUACAGGUAUUGCAUAUUUGGGUGGUGUUUUCGUUGGUACCACCGCUGGUGUGCUUCAAGGUUCACAGAGUGCCACUCAAUACACAGGUUUCAAACCAAGAUUGAACGUAAUGCUGAAUUAUACAGGAAAGAGUGCUGCUACCUGCGCAAACACCGCAGCCUCUGUAGUACUCUCAUACGGUGUCGUCAAACUGUUACUCUCUAAAUCGACUGGUUACGAUGAGGACAGUGUUUUCUGUUCGGUGGCUGCUGGUGCAGCUGUAGGUUCCGUUUAUAAAGCUCCUGGUGGAUUUGCUAAAUCGGCAAUUGGAGGUACAAUUGGAGGUUUGCUUGGAUAUUUAAAUGUUUUAGGUCGUUCAAGGCAUCCACAGUGGAAAUAA